AGGUGAAAGUCUGAAUAAGAAAGCAGCUCCUCCCGCUUCGUGUAGCUGCCUGCAGACCGGACAGCGGCGGCAGAGAAGCGCCAAUCAGCAGGAAAAUCACGUCCUCGCUCGGAUUUAACUCAGUGUGAAUGACCGAGGCUGCACCGGAGCACCGACAGCGCCGCCGUGACUUCAGCGUGUCCCCUCACUGAACCGUCCAACAUGCUCUCCCCGGGACUCUCCGUGUCUCUGCUGGCCGUGUCCUGCGCGCUGUGGCCGGCUGCGGUCCGGGCGGCGUCCUGCGAGCCGGUGCGCAUCCCGCUGUGCCGGUCCAUGCCGUGGAACAUGACCAAGAUGCCGAACCACCUCCACCACAGCACGCAGGACAACGCGGUGCUGGCGAUCGAGCAGUUUGAAGGGCUGCUGGGUACAGGCUGCAGUCCGGAUUUGCUCUUCUUCCUGUGUGCCAUGUACGCUCCCAUCUGCACCAUUGACUUCCAGCACGAGCCCAUCAAACCCUGCAAGGCAGUGUGCGAGCGGGCGAAGUCUGGCUGCGAGCCGGUGAUGAAGCGCUACAACCACAGCUGGCCCGACAGCCUGUCCUGCAGCGAGCUGCCGCUGUACGACCGCGGAGUCUGCAUCUCACCUGAGGCCAUCGUCAAGGCUGAGGGACCAGAUCCAUACUACCAGGACCCAGCCAGGUGUAAUCCAGAAUCCGUUCCAGACUUUCCAAUGGACUCCAGCAACUUCCACUGCAGAGGACCGAAAGGAGAUCGCUGUAAAUGUAAAACAGUCCGCAUGAUGUUGAAAACCUACUUGAGGAACAACUACAACUAUGUAAUCAGGGCGAGGGUGAGGGAGGUGAGGAAUCGCGGUCUGGAGCCCACAGCAGUGGUGGAGGUGAAGGAGGUGUUCAAGUCUUCUCUGGUCAACAUUCCCAAGGACACGCAGACACUCUACUACUCGUCCUCCUGUCUGUGUCCUCCUCUGACUCCUGGGGAGGAGUACCUCAUUAUGGGCUAUGAGAACGAGGAGACGUCCAGGUUGCUUCUGAUUGACAGCUCCAUUGCUCAGAAGUGGAGGGAGAAAAUGCGCAAGAAGAUCGAGAGAUGGAACCAGAGCCUGCGGGAUUCAAUGAGCAGCCACUGAGAUCUGACUGUGUGUGUGUGUGUGUGUGUGUGCGUGCGUGUGUGUGCAUGUGUGCGCCUGCACUUGUGUGUGUUUGUGUGUGUAGAUAUUGCACUAUCACAGGCUGUUGUAGCUGAAUGUAGUUCAUCUCUUCAUCUGUCAGACUUUGUCUGAUUUUUGUCAUUUAUUUUCUUUGCACAAACAUUAUUAAGUGUGCGUUUGGUGUGUUUUUCAGUGUGUACGUGUGUACGUGUGUACGUGUGUGUGUGUGUGUGUGUACACCUAAAGCGCUCAAUAAUGAAGAGAGAGUGGAGCUUCUGAGCUGUAGUACUAAACCUACACACAGCCAUACAGUCUGUACGUGACACUUUUUUGGAACAAAUUUCUUUUCAGUGGCAGCCAUGUUGGCUCCACAGCUCCUCGCCAUGCUCACAGUCUCUAACAAUCCUGGAUGUUGGUCAUGUUACCAUGGCAAUGGGAUGGAGGACAUUUAAAUGAUGCGAAACCCAUUUGGACUAUGAUGGGUCUGUAACCAUGACCUGAACUUUACUGAACUCUGCAGAAUGGAAGGAAAGACGGUUAUUCAAGCUUUGUUCAUACAGCAGCAACCAGAGCAACAGCAGCUGCAACCAGAGCAACAGCAGCAGCAACCAGAGCAACAGCAGCUGCAACCAGAGCAACAGCAGCAACAACCAGAGCAACAGCAGCUGCAACCAGAGCAGCAGAGAGUUUACUUAUGUCUUGAGUAUAGUGUGAUCCAGCCAUGGAUGGUUUAGUGGAUGGGCCUGUGGGGCACACGCCCAGGGGCCAGAGUAGUUGUUUGAAGAGACUGUUAACAUUUGUUUGGCUUUGAUCAGUUAUUAUUUUGAUUCAUGUUAAAAGGCAAGUAUCAAACAAAAAGCCUGUAGCAUUUAAUCAGCUGUAGUGAUUAAUCGAUCACAGCAACACAUUGUUUGAUUGAUGUUGUGUUGGACAUUGGGGAGGAGUGUCGGGGGGUGGAUCCCUGCAAAGGUAUAGUCACAUUACACCUCAGUUUCAUGAAUAUUUGCUCUGUUUUCCAUUUUCUUCUAUUCAAACCUGCGAAACAGGCAAAUUUGGGCUCGUAUUUCCUGUUUCGUUGUGAUCUCAGAGUUCACCUUUGUUCUGCUUUGAUUGUGCAAAUAUGGUCUACCAAUGGAAACACCGAUCCAACAAUGAUCGGCAGUUACUAUUCUAGUGUCACCACCGCGGUUAGUACAACAUCACACCACCAGACCACAAACCGUGGCAUCGUUCCUACAGCCUGUUUACAGUUUGUGAUUUCUCUGAUCAGUAUUUAAUCAAUAUUUAUUCCUUACCUGCAUCAUAACUGUGCCCUCUGGUCAUUUUGGGGACUGAGUGCACAGCAGCUUUGAUCAACAGAGGGUGAUUGUGACUGUGACCUUCACUGGAGGCAAGAAAAUCCUGCGAAAUGGAACUUUAUCUCUGUGCAACAUAUACAUACAUACUACGUUAAGGAUCUCCACACUAAAACACAAACCAUGUGCAACACGCAGAGAUUCACACAUCAAGAUGCUGUGGUGUGCGAGUAUUCACGCUAACAAAUAUAAUGAAAUUAAUUUUUAAUGGAUACAAGUGUUUUGACUUUAUUUCUCCUUGUUGCCUCAGUUGCGUUUUUUAAACCUUCCCUUUUCUCAUGUCGUGGGUCAGUCCUGCUUCUCUGAGGAAUAGUAGGGAUUUAUUAUGGGACACGGUUCACAUGCAUCCCAGAGAACACGAAGCAGAGAUAUCAGACUGCAGCCAGCUGGUCUUCACCCUCACGAAAGAGCUCUGAGAACUAUCCAUCAGACUCUGCUGUCAGGAUUAAAAUUCAUUUUAAAUAAAAGAACGUGACUCAAAAGAUCUUUUUCACAGCAGACCUGUCAGAGCAGGAGAAGAACAGGUGUUGCUAAUAACAUUAAUGAUGGCUCUGUUGUAAUCCAGUGUCCCAGUGAACUGUGAUAGAGAGCCAGCACGCACAGAACCAGGACCCUGAAACUGGAGCAGCUGAAUGGAACUCAGCCAUCAUUAGGCCUUUUCCUUCCUGCUGUGUGAACACAGCCUCUGAUGAACAAACCUUACUCUCAUUAUCACACAGUAUCUCUUCAUGUAAACACACUAACAAUCAGUACUACACUUCUUUUAUCAGUAAACUGUACUAACACUGAUAUUUUGAACUCUGGAAUUCACAGCAGUUUGAACCAUUAAACAUGAAUUUAGA